UCUGACUGAUGUACAGGUUGUGCACUGUGAUGUUUUUGAUCUUCUUCAUUGACUAUAAUUUAUUAAUGAUUUUCCAUUUGCUUAUUAUUUUAUAUUAUAUUUUAUAUUAUAACAAUAUUAUUCUAUAUAAAUUUAAUACCAAAUAAUAUACUUACUCAGAGACUGUAUUGUCGUUAUUCUAUCUUGAUAUUCUGUGAUUUUCUGAUCAUAUAAAGAGUCUUGUAACUUAGUUAGACAUUUAACAGCAAUAUUAUAAUAAUAUAAAGCUUGCUUGUAUUGACUGUUACUAUCAAAUUGUACAGCUUUCCGGGCUGCAUUCUGUGCAUCUUUUAAAGUCAUUGUGUAAAUUCUUAUUAUUAAAUUAACAAGUUAGGUUUAACGUAGUAACAUUUGAUGUAUCUAAUAUGAUCUGAUUUAAACGUUCUGUGCUGAAAAUGAGUGAUUCUGAGGAUGAGAAUUAUGUGACUUUUGGGGUCCCCCUCGAUCCUAUAGACGAAGAGAAUUUACCAAGAAAAAAACCUGUAACAAUUGAGGAACAAUAUGCAUAUGACGCACAAGGUAGACGACGAUUUCAUGGAGCAUUUACAGGUGGCUUCUCUGCUGGAUAUUUCAAUACUGUUGGUACCAGGGAUGGAUGGAGACCCCAACAGUUUAAAUCUUCUAGGGGUAGCAAAGCAGAAAGCGUUACUCAACGACCAGAAGACUUUAUGGAUGAGGAGGAUACAGGCCAAUUUGGAAUUGCUCCAAAAGGAAUUCGUGCUACAAGUGAUUAUGUUGAUCAUGGUCAAAGAGGAGUAAAACGAGAGAGAAUUAAUCGUGAUAGUAAUGGUCCUAUUCCUGGUACACCGGUAUUAAAAGAGCUUCUAAAACCUGUGAAAGACACAGUUGGUAUUAUGUUAUUGAAACAAAUGGGAUGGAGGCCUGGCCAGGGUGUAGGAUCUAGACUUACAAAGAAGGAGAAGGCUAAAAUUAAAAGAAGAAAUGAAAAAAUAAGGAUGUCAAAAGAAAAGAUUGGUAAAAUAAGUUCAGGAACUAGUUCAGAUGAAUCAGAAGAUGAUUACGGAGAUGUUACAUUUGCUCCUGACGAUUAUGAACCAUUUAGAUGCAACCCAAAAGACAACUAUUUUGGUAUAGGAUACAGUGGAUUAGACAGGAGAACUAUACUCUCUGGUCAUAUAAAUUUAUUUGAUACUCCUGCAUUUAGCGUUCAAGAGAAAAAUAAAAAGUUAUCGAUACAUGGUCAAGCAUUUGGCGUUGGCGCAUUUGAAGCUGACGAUGAAGAUAUUUAUGAGAGGGAAGAUAUGUCACGUUAUGACUUUGCAUUAGGUCCAGAACGUAAAACUAAGUCCAGGUGGUCAGAUGAUAAUACUUCGAAAAACUCCAGUAAUUGUUUAGAAGGUUUUGUACCAGCAAGGAACAAAUUAGAGCAGAAGAAAGUCUACACCCCUCCAGAAUUGCCUAAAGAUUAUGUGCCAGUACAUGUGGUCAGAAAAAGUCGAUUCUAUCCACCAAUUGAAAACGUUCCUCGUACAGUAGAAAAUGGAAAACGUAAGGAUCUUACAGCUGCUGAUAGAGCUAGGAUAUUAGAAGAUACACAUACUAUUAAAAAAGUAUCAGAUACACAUGAGAAUGCAGUACCGUCAGUUGCUUCGAAUAUCAUCUCCAAAACAUUAAACUUGCAUGGAAGACAGCAAACAGAAGAGAGACAAAAAUUAGAAAAUCAAGCUAAGGCAGCCACUUCAUGGUUGGACAAACUCAAUGUUCAGAGUUUUGUUAAAGGUGGUACUGUUAGUUCUACUAAAGAAUCUGAAGGAAGUUUGAAAAAAUUGGGAGAAUUUAAAGAUUCUUCUAUGUCUGAUGACGGUCAAAGUACAAAUAAUUUGGAGGAAGACAGUUCUUUGAACAAAAGUACAGCAAAACCAUAUUUUGCCGAUCCUGAUAAGCAGAGACGCUUCGAGCAGUAUUUAGAUCUUUCAAAGAAGGGUGACAAAAGUAAGCUGGAAAGUAUACAACCCUUGUCAAUGACCGAGUGGGACAGAGAACAUGAACGAACUGAGUUUGAGCAAGCAGUUAGAUUAUUUGAGCAGCCGACCAAUAAUUAUGUUUCGAAUAAGUUUACACCUGCUGGUGAGGCUAUAAGUUCAGAUGUCAUUUCUGGAAAAUAUAGCCAAGAAGAUGAAAUGAAGCAAGCUGCGAAAAUGAAAUUAUUCGGAAAAUUAACUAGGAAACGCAUAGAAUGGAAACCUGCAAGUAUAGUUUGCAAGAGAUUCAAUAUCCCGGAACCAAAAAGUGGUUGUGCUCAACCUGAACUAAAGAACAAAACAGCAAAGUUUUCGAUCUUUGAUUCGCUUGAUUGGAGUAAUAAUUCUACGAAAUUCUUGAAAGCAACUGAUACUGUAUCAAAGAAUAUAGAAAAAACUGAUACUCAAUUAAAAGAUAGAAAUGUUGUUAUCGCUAGUAGUGCAACUUCAGAAGUAAAAUUACAUAAUGACCUUCCUUCUAAUAACCAUCAAGAGUUAGAACCUGUGUCAGAAAAAGUAAGAAAUUUUGAGGCAACUUAUGAAAAAGUCUUUGGUAAAGAAGUUCAGAAAACAUCCUCUUCAGUUUCUGAAAUCAAACAAAAUUUUGACAGUAAAGUAGAUUCUAGUACAGUAGUUAAGGGCCUGGAUAACGUUGAAAAGGGCCAAGAUGAUAAUAAUGCAUCAAAACAAGUACCAAAGAAUGAAUCAGAAGAAAAGAAAGAUCUUUUCAAAGCAAUUUUCUUAAGUAGCAGCGAAGAAUCAGAUUCAGAGUUGGAAGAAAGCAUGGACAGUGAGGCUGUGAAGUCUGUUUUGAUUGGGAAACCUGCGAACGAAGUAAAUUUGAAAAGAAAUACUUCUCCGCCGAGAGGAAUUUUUGCUAAGGUAGAUUUGGAUAACCUCCUUUCAAGUUCAAAGAACAAUAUACAAACGAAUGAAAAUGCAAAUAAAGAGAAAGAUGAAAGUACAGUGUCCAAUUCUGAAAUAGUGGUUGGAUCUAAUCAAAGUAAUGACAGUAAUACAAAUUCCGAGGAGCCAAUAAUGUUACCCGAUAUGUAUGGACCUGCCUUACCUUCGAGAUUAAUUAAAACUGAAGAUUCUACAUGCGAAGCAAGCAGUUCUCAGGCCUUAAAACCUAUGUUCAGAAGCGUGGUAGUAUCCAAACCUAAGAUAGAUUCUAAAAUUUCUGGAGUCUGGGUGGAGAAAAGGAAAGUGAAGAAAUCAAAGAAGGAGAAGAAAAAACAUAAGCAUAAAGAACAUAAAAGUUCGAGACACAAGCGAAAAUCGAAGAAAGAAAGACGUAGUAGUUCGUGAAGCAAAAGAUGAAACAUUUGUAAUAAAGAAAUCAGCAAAAAUAUUGUAAUAAUAAUAGGCGCAUUAUUCCUUUAUUGUAUGUUUCUUUCUUAUUUGCAGUAUUGUGUUUACAUCCAAUGAAUAAUUUGAAAAUGCUCCUGUAAUUACAAAUACAAGUUUGUAAUUACAAUCAGUAAAGGCAUAUCCGAUAUGUACAAGAAAAUAUGUAUAUUAUACAUAUACAAUUAUAUGUAUUAUUAUAUAUGUAUAAUUAUAUAUAUAAUUAUAUAUGUGUAUGUUUUUUUAUAUAUGCUCUAAUAUGUGAAAUUGAGCAAUUUUUAUUUUCUUUGUAAUAAUUGUCGUUCAUUGCUGUUGCAAGCACUUGUACAAAGAUGUUGUACGGCUACUUGUUCGAUGUUGUAGAGUUCCUUGAAGGUGGUCUGCUGUGAUUUGUGGAGUUAAGUUUUUUCUCGACACUGAAAAUAUACAUUGAAUAAUCACUUUUCACUUCUUCAAUUAAUGCGAAACACCCUGUAUAUUUAUAAUGAGCUUAAUAAUCAAGUAUAAGUUAGUAUUUUUUUAAUUCCAUUAGAGUUGAGAAAUAAGUUUCCCUUAAAACAUUUAAUGCAAUUUGUACAAUUUAUCUAAUUGUUAUAAAUGAUCGUUAUAAAUAUAAAUUUUUUAAUUUAUUUUUAUCAAUUUUCGUGUAUCUCGAUUGAAGUUAAAACAUACCUGCUGCUUCUAGAACCUCUUUUAAACAUGUCCGUUAAUUUUUUCUUCAAAUUUUUCUUUUCAGUCUUGUCGUUGAUACUCGUUUCAGACCCUGAUGUCUGUAAAAUGGAAAAUAGAUUUGUAAAUUGUUUGAACCGUUCGCGCAAUGUUAUUUCGUUACUUACCUGAAAGGAUAGAUCCAUAGAAACAUUCGGAUCAUCUACACUGGCUGAUUUAGUCAAUUUACUUGUGAGUUUCUUCAUUAAACCUUUACUGUGUUUCUUAUCUCGUUCCAACAUCUCACUUUUUGUGGAGCCAGUUGAAAGGCGACUGUUUAUAGAAAAUAUGAAUGAUUGGUAUUCUCUAGAGUCAGAUGUUCAGCAAUUUGUAAAUUUCAUUCAUGAAUAUAUUAACAUUACCUAUCCACACUUGAAUCUCUUUGCAAACUCAUUGUACCUCCUUCAAUGUCUGAACUCUCUAGCGAUUGCAAACUGGACAAGUUGCUGUCGGUACCCCAUAUACGCGACUAAAAUAUUAGAUAGAUCAAUUACAAAUUACUCAUUUAAAUAAACACAAAUAAAUAUAAUUCUAUUCGAACGGCAGUAAAUAGAAAUAACAUUGUACAUGUACCUCUUCGUUUCGAGCCGAUGUUUGUUCUAAAGAUAAGCUUUUCCUCUGCAAACGUGGUUUGGAACGGGACGUUGUUAUACCCUUUCCUGGAUCGCUUUCCACAGAUGUUGAUCUGCGAAGAAAAAUAAUCCUUUGAUACGAAUACAUAUCGUAAUCGAAAUCAAUAGUUACAUCUAAUGAUAGAUACCUUUUACCAAGUUUUUUCAUUCGCGUCACAUUUGCCUCAUCUGCAGUUUUCUUAGAAUCCUUUAGUUCUCUAGCUACGUCCAUUAAUUUCUUAAUAGUGUAUUCCAACUUGUCAGACCUUUCACCGAAUUGUGGAUUUGACCCUUAUAAUACACAAUAAAAUAUAAUAGGACAAUAGAAAUAAAAUUUCUUUAAAUUUUAUUUAAUGAAUGAUUACGUAAUAGUACCUCUUACAUCGCCUUUCGAAUCCAACAAUGGCGACGAUUCUCUCGA